GACUGUAUGAAAUAUUAAACAAAAUAUUUAAGUUUUUCAAUAUAGUAAGACGUUAUAUAAAAUAAGUAUAGAAAUGCUUAAUGUAUAUGAUAAAGAUUACAGAGUUCUGGAUUUGGUACGGCAACGUGAAAUACAGGAUUCUGCAGCUUAUACAGUCGCUCAGAAAUUACAUGUUACAGAAAACUUAAUUUCUCGAUUAGGAUUAGAGAAAGAGUUAGUUGGGCAUACAGGAUGUGUCAAUUGUUUAGAAUGGAACGAAAGUGGACAAAUUCUCGCCUCAGCAUCUGAUGACAUGAAUAUCAUCUUAUGGGAUCCAUUUCGAUAUGAAAAAAAGUUAGUACUACAUACAGGUCAUUAUGGAAACAUAUUUUCUGUUAAGUUCAUGCCAAAAUCAAAUGACAGCAUAUUGGUAUCGGGUGCUGGAGAUAGCAAGGUGCGAGUUCGUGACCUAACACUUACUGAACCUAUACUUAUAUGCAAUUGUCAUAUGGGCCGUGUCAAACGUAUUGCUACCGCAUCUACUGUUCCUUUCCUGUUUUGGAGUGCUGCAGAAGAUGGUCUUAUUUUACAAUAUGAUAUUCGUGCUCCUCACACUUGCAAAAGUAGUGUAUCUAAUACUGUAUUAAUUAACCUUUAUAAUCACAUGGGUCGAAAUGCGGAAGCUAAAUGUGUCACUGUGAAUCCAAAACGACCAGAGUUAAUAGCUGUUGGAGCUAGUGAUGCCUACAUACGAAUGUAUGAUCGCAGGAUGAUUAAGCUUUCUCAGGUGCCUAUUAUCCCUAGAGGACACGCAAGUUUACGUCGUGCUGGUGAAGGUGAUCAAGAUGAGAAUAUUCCAUUGGGUUGCGCUCAGUAUUUUAUCGCGGGCCAUCUGCAGUCUCGACAGCGUGACAAUAAUAGGAGUCUUACUACUACAUACUUAACCUUCAGUGCUGAUGGAAAUGAACUUCUUGUUAACAUGGGUGGGGAACAAAUUUAUUUAUUUGACAUCAACAAUCCAAAGAACGUAAAGACAUGCUUUGGUUAUACUACAUAUACUUACACAGGGGACUUCGGGAAAUCUUGCUACACGGACAAAAAUAGUGAGGAUAGUAUAGAGUAUGCUAAGAAAAAUGUGAAAGUUCUGCCACCUCAUGUUGAAAAAUUAAAAUACGAAGCUAAUAAGUGUUUUGAGCAACAGAACUAUGUGUUGGCAAUUACUUUGUAUGAUAAGGCAAUUAGUUACUGUCCUACAGCUGCUGUGCUUUAUGCUAACAGAGCUGCAGCAUAUAUGAAACGAACUUGGGAUGGUGACAUAUAUGCGGCUCUUAAAGACUGUCAAACAACGUUACUCCUUGAUCCAGGACAUGUCAAAGCACGUUUUAGACUGGCGCGUUGCUUAUUUGACUUAGAUCGGGCAACAGAAGCUGAUAAAGUACUUAAAGAAUUUCAACAAAAAUUUCCUGAAUAUACAUCCAAUUCAGCAUGUAAAGCAUUAAAAAUGGAUAUAAAAGAAGCUAUAGAUUCUGGUAGAGAUAAUAGCAUGAGUCAGCCAAUGUUCCAUAUAUCAGAAUAUGAAAAAGAAUGGCGACAUAAUACGAUUGAUUAUAAAAUGAGAUUUUGUGGACACUGCAACACUACAACUGAUAUAAAAGAGGCUAACUUCUUUGGAAACAAUGGUCAAUAUAUUGUGGCAGGAUCAGAUGAUGGUUCUUUUUUUAUUUGGGAUCGUAGUACUACGAAUAUUAUUCGCGUACUAAGAGGAGAUGAACGAAUUGUAAACUGUCUUCAACCUCAUCCAUCUACAUGUUUAUUAGCUACUAGUGGUAUUGACCCAGUAAUCAGAUUAUGGAGCCCAUUGCCCGAGGAUGGUAGCGUCAACGACAGAAAAAUUCAGAAUUUAGAAGAUGCUGCAGCUGCAAAUCAAAUACGGAUGAACACUGAUCCGUUUGAGGUAAUGCUCAUGAAUAUGGGAUAUAGAUUUCCUGUUCAACAAGCUGAACAUAGUGAUGAUGAUAAUGAACAACAACAUCAGCCAAUCAUGCAACCUCUGAAUUGUAGACCGAGUUAAAUUUUUGAAAAACUUUGAAAAAUGGCAUAAAAUUGCAACUAAAUAUCUGAAGACUUAUUCAAUGCUAUAAUUGUAGAGUAUCGAUACUUUAAUUCUAAUUAUCUAUUUUUUUAUUAAUUCUUUGUAGCUGUUGACUUUUCAGUAAAUAAAAUGCUAAAGUAUAUUUGAAAUGGUGUUACGAA